UAUAAUAAUGGAAUACUACUGGGUUCUGUUUACUGUCCUGUUACAGUUUCUCCUCCGACCAGGCAGUACCAGGCCCAUAAUUAUUCCAGGCGGGUCCCAGGUCACCGUGCCGCUGGACGGCGACCUGGUUCUGCGUUGCCAUGGUGAUGGACCAGUGCAGUGGCACAGGGAUGAACGUCCAGGCCGGACCAUUAAGGAAGAGCUGAGGGAUAAUCGGCUGUCAACCAUUACUGUGACCAGAGCGAAGCCUUUUCACAUGGGAAAAUAUGUGUGCUCGGAGGAGCACUCAGGCGAGAAGAGCACUAUCUAUGUGUUUGUUAAAGCCUUCCUCUCAGCAGAUCCUGAAAAUGCCUUCAGGAAGUCUAUCAUCCCAGACAUCAUGGCAGGGGCAGGUGACACGGCCAUCAUACCGUGCCUGGCCACGGACCCCAGCAUGUUCGAGCUGCAGCUGGAGACGUGCGAUGGACGGCCACUGCCCACUGGAAUGAGAUACGUUGCCAACACAGAGAUAGGCAUUUCCAUUACCAAUGUCCAGCCCAACCAUAAAGGAUGCUAUGUCUGUGUUGGGCUGCUCAGGGGAAAGAUGGUACAAUCUAAGGAAUAUCAGCUAAAUGUGCGACUGGUUCCAGAUAUGCCCCCACGUAUUCUCCUUCAGGAGGGUAAGAGAGUUGUGCUGACCCAGGGCCAGAGGCUUACGCUUACCUGCUCCACCUCAAACGUCAACAGUGACAUCAAGAUCAACUGGAUCCCGCCUCUUGGAGUGCAAGCCUCAGUGCAGCAAAGCUCUCAUCUUUUGACCGAUCCCGUCCUGCACUUCCGCACAGCCACUCUUCAAAAAGCAGCUGUGGUGACAGCGGAUUCGGGAAGCUACCGCUGUGAGGCGGAGAACAACAAAGGGAUCAGUGCUGAGACAGUCCGUGUGGAAGUCUACAGUAAAGGAUUUAUUAACCUGACCCAUGCUGAUAACGGGACAUGGAGAGUGCGAGAAGGAGAGAGUCUGUCACUGCGUGUAGAAAUAGAGGCCUACCCCAAACCACAUACCAUCUUCUGGAGCUACAAUCAACAGAAUCUCACUAAUACAACCGACCAUGUUAUCACCACACGCUCACGUGCACACAGUUAUCAGAGUCAGUUGAAACUGGUGCGUUUAAAAGUAUUAGAGAGCGGUGUUUACACCUUUGUGGCCUCCAAUGGUGAUGCGGUCAUUUACCGAACGUUUGAAGUUCAUGUUUUAAGCAAACCAGCAAUUGUAUCUCACGAAGGUCCGGUUGAUGGACAAGUACGCUGUGUUGCUGAGGGUUAUCCCACACCUCAGAUCACAUGGUAUUACUGUGACCAACCACAUGCCAGGUGUUCUAAUUUGUUAAAUGCCACCCAAGAGGAGGAGGAUGUCAUCACAGUAACCAUGACUAGCCCCCCCUUUGGGAAGGGAGCAGUGGAAAGCCGCUUAAACAUCACUAAGAGCAGUUACCCCACCCUGGAGUGUGUGGCUUCAGCUGAAGGAGAGAUCGUGUACACACUGUUUUCAAUCAGUGAACGUUCUGUUCCCCAUGAGCUCUUCAAUCCAUUGCUGAUUGGCUUUGUUGCUGCAGCUAUGAUCCUUUGCCUCAUCCUGCUCGUUCUCGUUUACAAGUAUAUGCAGAAACCAAAGUACCAGGUUCAGUGGAAAGUCAUUGAGGGAAUCCAUGGCAACAACUACGUCUACAUUGAUCCCACACAGCUUCCGUACGACCACCAGUGGGAGUUUCCGCGAGACAGGCUGCGUUUCGGCAAAACUCUGGGCUCAGGGGCAUUUGGAAAAGUGGUGGAGGCUACAGCGUAUGGAAUGUCAAAAGCUGAUACAGUGAUGACUGUGGCAGUCAAAAUGCUAAAACCCAGCGCCCAUGCCACUGAGAAAGAAGCUCUGAUGUCAGAACUGAAGGUGCUCAGUUACCUCGGCAAUCACAUUAACAUUGUCAAUUUACUGGGCGCCUGCACUGUCGGAGGACCAACUCUAGUGAUAACUGAGUACUGCUGCUUUGGUGACCUGUUGAACUUCCUGCGCAGAAAGCGCGACUCCUUCUGCUGCUCCAGAAUGGAAGAGGACUCUUACUAUAGAAACGUUAUGGUAUAUCCAGAGUCAGGGGACAAUAAAAAUGGCUACAUGACUAUGAGGCCUUCGGUUAUGGGAGCUCGGUCCACUAAGGAACAACAGUCGGGGCAUAAAGGUUCUGGGACGUACAUUGAAUGUGACGUGCUUAGUGAUGUUCUUCAAGAGGACACUGUAGCUUUGGACACUGAAGACCUCCUCAGCUUCUCCUAUCAAGUGGCCAAAGGAAUGGACUUCCUGGCCUCCAAAAAUUGUAUCCACAGGGACCUGGCAGCCAGAAACAUCCUCCUUACACAGGGUAGAGUUGCCAAGAUAUGUGACUUUGGACUUGCCCGUGACAUUACUACUGAUUCCGACUAUGUGGUCAAGGGCAAUGCUCGCCUACCGGUGAAGUGGAUGUCUCCAGAAAGCAUCUUUGAGUGUGUGUACACUUUUGAGAGUGAUGUCUGGUCCUAUGGCAUCUUGCUGUGGGAGAUUUUCUCUCUAGGAAGCAGUCCUUAUCCUGGUAUGCCUGUGGAUGCCAAAUUCUACAAGCUGAUUAAAGAGGGCUACAGAAUGGAUUCACCUGAGUUUGCACCAAGUGAAAUGUAUGAAAUCAUGCAGUCAUGCUGGGAUCCAGAUCCCUCCAGGAGACCCUCUUUUGGCAAGAUAGUGGAGAACGUCGAACAGCAAAUCUCAGACAGCACUAAACAUAUCUAUCUGAACUUCAGCUCCAGGUUGCCUCUGGUCACGGCUCACAGAGAGGAGCCGGUUUCUCACUCUUCACGUCGGAAUUCGGGAAGCGGUCACAGCACCCCCACUCAGCCUCUCUUGUCCAGUGAUGAUGUUUUCUUGGAAGCAGUAGCAUCUAGGCAGCCACGUGCAUGAACAGCUUCAGGCAAAACCAACCUGCUUUAAAUUUUGUGGGGUCCAAAUUACUGCUUGUUCACCCACUAAGACUUUACACAUUUCAGACAGACCAGGGACAAAAAGCAGUCACAGAUUAUCCUACUUUCUCCAUAACUGAUGUACGUAGGAGAUUUACAGCUCUCAGUUUUUCCUCCAUUACUUCAGGAUCGUGGGCAAAGGGAUCUUGUGGCAUGAAGUUUUCUCUUUUGAAGAAAGUCUCAGAUCUUCAUUAUCUUUAAAAUUCCAACAUGGUUGACUCUGUGACACAUUAACUUCUUCUUA